ACAUUGACAGCCUUUAUAGGCUUUCUGAAUGAUAUGGAAUCUUCCAUUAAAUUCACAUGGACAAUGGAUAAAAAUUGCAUUAGCUUUUUGGAUGUGAAUAUUUUUAGAAGGGGAACUAAAUUGGAAACUGACCUUUUUAGAAAAACAACUGAUAAAAACAGUAUUUUACAUUUUGACAGUUUUCACCCGCAUUCCCUCAAAUGUUCCCUUCCAUAUACACAAUACUCGAGGGUUAAAAGAAUCGUAUCCGAUCCACAUACAUAUACAAAGAGAAUUGAAGAAAUGACUGACCGCUUUAAAGAGAGGGGGUACCCUGAGGAUGUUCUAAAUAAGGGUCUAUCUCUAAUUAACAAUAAGAGUAGGGCAGAAUUGUUACAACCCCCCAGUGGAAACAAAACUAAUGAAAAUAGGAUUGUUUUUGUUUCAGGUUUUUCUACUGCCAGCAAACAUGUCACUAAAAUUAUACAUAAACACUGGCAUUUGCUUACAUCAUGUUUGUCCGAUAUACCGGCAUUCCAACAACCACCACUAAUGGCCUACAAACGUGCCAGAAAUCUUAAAGAUCGAUUGGUAAGAGCGGAUAUUGGACCCUUAAAACAGCAAGCCACACGCUUUUUAUGCAAUCCAAAGUUCGGCACUUUUCCCUGCCUUAACUGCACACAAUGUAAUUCGGUUACCAAGGGGGAUGUGUUUUACCAUCCGCAUUCGGGGAAAAAAUAUGCUAUAAAGAAUUAUUAUACAUGUGAUUCCUCUUACGUGGUUUAUCUAUUGAAAUGCCACUGCGGUUUACUUUAUAUUGGCGAAACUACACAAAAGGUCAACGACCGCAUUUCCAAGCACAAAUCCACAAUUCGCAAACAACUGACAGCCCUCCCAGUUCCAGCACACUUUCAGGAGGCUAGACACACAGUUAGUCAAUUACGCUUUCAGGUCAUCGAUUCAGUAGAGAUCCCUAGACGAGGUGGUGACAGGGUUUUGAUGCUUAAGAAAUUAGAAAUGCGGUGGAUACACAGGCUGGAUACGAUUUGGCCUCGGGGACUGAAUAGGGAGUAUACCCCAGCAAUAUUCAUCUAAUUAAUAAUAUUUAAUAUGAGGAACAUGAUCUGCAGGAAAUUUCCUGAGUAUCGGUACCAAUUUGCACAUACAAUGAAGUGUCUCAUGGAGAGUGCUGAGUAUCUUAUGCCACAUGGGUGCCAGAUGAUAUCUCAGGCCUGUAUAGAUCAAUUCCUUAUAACAUUUAGCUUUUGGAUGUCUCAAUUUUAAUAUCACUUUUAUCACUGUGUGUUACAAUGUUUUUGAUACAUUUUAAUUGGGAUACAAUUUUUGUAACUGUAUAAUGCCAUACCAACAGAAAAUAAUAUUUUUUUUGAUAAUGGUUGCUAUGGACUAUGAAUCACGGAAAAUGCAAUAUGGACACUGUGAACUUUGACCUUGGGGGAGGGAUGAGAGGCGUG